AUGUCUCAAUACGGUCAGCAACAGCAGUAUGGUCAACAGGGCGGCCAAGAGGAUUAUAGCCAGCAGGGUCAAGACCAGGGUUACGGUGAACAAGAACACCAAGGCUAUGACCAGCAACAGCAAGGCGAAGAUCCAUAUGGCCAACAGGACCAGAAUGGCUAUGGAGAGGAGCAACAAGGGCAGGAGGACCCAAGCCAGCAGGGUUUCGGCCAACAAGACCAGCAGGGCCCCAUGAAUGGCCAGCAAGGCCGCCAAACUCCUAACAGACGCCCCGGCCAGCCCGGCCAGCAAGGCGCCAUGACCAAGCGUCAGCCUGAAGCCGGCAAAUCUGAAGCUGGCAAACCUGGGCCUGGCAAGACUGAAGCUGGCAAACCUGGAGCUGGCAAACCUGGAGCUGGCAAACCUGAAGCUGGCAAAACUGAAGCCGGCAAACCCGGGGAGCUGAAGAAGCUGGAAGAGGGCAAACCUGAAGCCGGUCAACCCGGGGAGCUGAUGAAGAAGGAAGAGGGCAAGGUCGGAAAGGAGAUGGCCCACAAGCCCGUCGGCAAAUCUGGCAGGACAUACGACAAAAAUCACCACAACGCCAUGUACCACCAGGGCAAAGUCGCUGCCGGUGGGUUCACAAAGGAUCACAUGGAGUCCUUCAUCCACCUCGGUACCUACGCUCUCGGUGCCCUCUCCAACCAGCACGGUCUGGCUCCUGAUGCACCGCAUCCGGAGGGAGAGGAGGAGUGA